AUGGCUGGUCUCCAAAGCUAUGUCGAUCAACGGGUCCUCCUCAUUCUCCAGGACGGUCGAGCGAUUGUGGGCGUGAUGGCGGGCUACGACCAAAAGUCGAACGUCGUCCUCUCCGACAGUAAGGAGCGGGUGUACAGCAUGGAUGAGGGUGUGGAGGAGAUACCCUUGGGCCUCUACCUCGUGAAGGGCGAUCAGAUUGUUCUCAUUGGGGAAGUAGACGAGGCGGCAGACAACGCCGUUGACCUGUCGACUAUCCACGCCGAGCCGUUACCGCCAAUUCGAUACUGA